UGUGUCUGUUGUUAACUGCCCAAAAUACCGACGUGAAGCCCUUUGCUCUGUAUGGAAGUGGUCAGCAUCACUAACGGGGCGAAGGAUAUAUUAUUGGCAACACAGUGACCAGUGGUUGUGUAUUUCUAAUGUUCAUGUUACGUCUCACCGGGAAGUAAUGAGGAACGUUAUUGUGCUCUCGCUGCUGCUGCUGCUGAACAUACAUCAUGUCAUAUCAGCACCCAAAGGCGUCACUGCUAGUCUAUCAGCAAAGUGGAGCAUGACGCCUUUCCUUCUGGAGACAAGUGAGUUUAUUGGUGAAGAUGGGAAUGAGAAAUUCUGGCAGUUUGUUGACACCGUGAAAGAGCUCACUGUAUACAAGCAAGGAGAAUCCGUGCGCUCGUACUACAACCUGGUCCUGAAGAAGGCUGGCCAGUUUCUUACGGAUCUUCAAGUUAAUCUCCUCAAAUUUGCUCUGGCCCUACGGUCAUACUCACCAGCUGUUCAAGCAUCUCAGCAGAUAGCCAGUGAUGAGCCUCCGCCCGAGGCUUGCCCUGCCUUCGUCUCCAUCCAUGGUCAACGUAGCUGCAGCACCAAAGACAUCAAGAAGCUCCUGAAGGCAGCUGCAGGCAGGCCAAAACCGUAUCUACACAAGAAUGACCACACGUAUCCAGGGGUCAAUAAAACCGACGUGCCAGUUGUGAUCCUCUAUGCCGAGAUUGGAACCAAGAAGUUCACCUCAUUCCAUAAGGUGCUGUCGGAGAAGGCCGGAGAGGGCACACUUGUAUAUGUGCUGCGGCAUUUUGUAGCGGUUCCGAAGCCUCAAAAGAUGCUUUUAUCUGGGUAUGGUGUCGAGCUGGCUAUCAAAAGCACAGAAUACAAAGCUGUGGAUGACACCAAAGUAAAAGAAUCGGGUGCAAACGCGGAGGAAGACAAUAACGAUGAAGUCCAAGGGUUCGUUUUUGGAAAAUUAAAGAAAUCUCACCCUGAACUCCAGGAGCAACUGGUCGAGCUUCGCAAACAUCUCCUCGAGAGUACAAAUGACAUGGUCCCUCUCAAAGUGUGGGAAAUGCAAGAUCUUAGUUUCCAGGCAGCUGCCAGAAUCAUGUCGGUGCCAAAGUUUGACGCUUUGAAGCUCAUGCGAGACCUCAGUCAGAACUUUCCGAGCAAAGCCAGAUCACUGACAAGAGUGGCCGUAAAGCAGGAAAUGAGAAAAGAAAUUGAGGAGAACCAAAAGCGUCUCGGUGAGUCCAUCGGUGUACACGCGGGAGACGGAGAGCUCUUCAUCAACGGACUGCACAUCGAUCUGGACAUUCACAACCCGUUCAGCAUUUUAGACAUCCUCAGAGGAGAGGCCAGGGUCUUAGAAGGGCUUCAUAACCUCGGCAUUAAAGGAGAACAUCAAGGACAGCUGCUGAGGUUACCCGUGAACCCUGUGGAUGACAGCUAUGCCUUAGAUAUCAGACAUCCAGCUAUAAUGUGGAUAAAUGACGUAGAGAAUGAUCUCGUGUACCGCAGCUGGCCAACGGGUGUACAGGAGCUCCUCAGAGCCACGUUUCCUGGAGUCAUUCGGCAGAUCCGUCGCAAUCUCUUCAACCUGGUGCUGUUCCUAGAUCCAGUACGGGAAGAAAGUGUUGAGCUGGUGAAACUAGCAGAGCUUUUCUACAAGCACAAGAUCCCCCUGAGAAUUGGCUUCGUGUUUGUUGUCAACACCAAAGAUGAGAUUGAUGGCUCCUCAGACGCAGGGGUUGGAUUUUUCAGACUGCUGAAUUACAUUGCAGACGAGUAUGAUUCAUCCCAGGCUCUGAUGUCCAUUGUCUCAAUGUACAACAAAGUAGAUGCAGGGGAGACGCUGUCUGUUGAUGCCAUAUCUGCUUACCUGAAGAGAAAAUUCCCUAAAGCCAAUGCUGAAAGGAUUCUUGGCAUAGAAUCCGAGUAUGACGACAAAAGAAAGGACGGUGCCCUGUUCUACAAAAACAGCGGCCUUGGUGCCUUACCACUGGCUUUAUUUAAUGGAGUCCCUCUGAGCCCUGAUGAGAUGGACCCAGACGAGCUGGAAACCAUCAUCCUGCAGCGCAUAAUGGACACCACCACCACCUUCCAGAGAGCUGUCUUUAUGGGUCAGUUGACUGAGGGCUCAAAUGUGGUGGACUAUCUCAUGGAGCAGGCGAAUGUGGUUCCCAGGAUGAACCCUCUCAUUCUAAGCACUGACCGGAAGUACCUCGACUUCACUGCCAAACCAGUUGUAGAUGAUUGGGAGGACACGACUAUGUUUUCAUUCUUUGACUCCAGAGACAAAACAGCUGUGAUGGCGAAGAGAAUGAAGUACUUUACAAAUACUGAUGAGGAUGGGAUGAGUGCCGUGACCGUGUGGAUAGCCGGAGAUUUUGAGACGGUCUCGGGAAGAAAGCUGUUGCUCGGUGCUCUGAAACGUGUGAAGGCCAGCCCCGGAGUGCGUGUGGGGGUGAUAGAUAACCCCAGCGGAAAGCCAAGCGAAGAUAACACUGUGCUGUACAGGGCUAUCUGGGCCUCGCUCCUCACCCAGAAGAAUAAGGCUGCAGCCGAGUUUGUGCAAAAACUCCUGCGAGAGGAGAGUAUCCAGCUCCUCCAAAAGGGGACCAAGAUGAAGGACUUACUGAUGCAGGGCAUGGACAGAGAUGCCUUUGAGAAAAAGUUCAACACCCUGGAAGUGGAUUUCAUUCGUAGUCAGCAGCUGUUUUGUCGAGAUGUCCUGAAACUGAGUCCUGGACAGCAGGCGGUGAUCAGCAACGGCAGGAUCCUCGGUCCAUUCGAGGAGCAGGAAGAAUUCACUGUGGAGGAUUUCCAGCUGCUGGAGAAGAUUACACUGAGCGGUUCUGCAGAGAACGUCAAAGCCAAAGUUAAACUGAUGGGGAUGAAAGCAAAGCACGCCAGUGACUUAGUCAUGAAAGUUGAUGCCCUCCUCACUGCAGCCCCCAAAGGAGAGGUCAGGAGGGAUGUCCACUUUGCCAAAGACAGCCACAGCGUGCUCCGUCUCUCCCCGCGUGAAAACGAGGUUUUCUAUGACGUCGUGGCCGUCGUUGACCCGCUCACCAGGGAGGCUCAGAAGAUGUCCCCUCUACUGAUCGUGCUCAGUCAAGUGGUCAAUGUGAGACUGCAGGUGUUUAUGAAUUGCAGGGCCAAGUUGUCCGAGAUGCCCCUCAAGAGCUUUUACCGCUUCGUCUUGGAGUCCGAUGUGAAUUUCUUGGCCAACGACACAGUGUCUCCGGGACCAGUCGCCCGGUUCAUGGAGCUCCCAGAAUCUCCUCUUCUCACCCUCAUUAUGAUCACACCAGAGAGCUGGAUGGUGCAGGCUGACCGCAGCCCCCACGACUUGGAUAACAUCCACCUGCAGGAGGUGAGUGGGGUUGUGGAGGCAGAGUAUGAGCUGGAGCACCUUCUGCUGGAGGGCCACUGCUUUGACCUGUCAACGGGCCAGCCUCCCCGGGGACUGCAGUUCACCCUGGGCAUGAGUCGGGACCCGCUCAUGUACGACACCAUCGUCAUGGCUAACCUGGGAUAUUUCCAGCUGAAAGCCAAUCCCGGUGCCUGGAUCCUAAAAUUACGUAAAGGCAGAUCGGAGGAGAUCUAUCAGGUUCUCACGCACGAUGGAACGGAUUCCCCUGCAGAUGCCGGUGACGUCCUUGUUGUUCUGAACAGUUUCCACAGUAAAAUCAUCAAAGUCAGAGUGCAGAAAAAGGCGGAGAAGAUGAACGAGGAUCUUUUAAGUGAAAACAGUGAAAGCAAAGGCAUAUGGGACUCUAUAGCAAGUGUUUGGAGCACUUUUGAGAAAAGCAUCACAGGCGGUGGCUCCAAGAAGGAGGAUGGAGAGAGAGAGAAGGAGGACGUUCUCAACAUAUUUUCUGUGGCCUCGGGUCAUCUGUACGAGCGCUUCCUGAGAAUAAUGAUGCUGUCCGUCCUCCGGCACACCAAAACGCCCGUCAAGUUCUGGUUCCUGAAGAACUACCUCUCUCCAUCUUUCAAGGAGACCAUCGCUCACAUGGCAGAGAAGUAUGGCUUUCAGUAUGAAUUAGUUCAGUACAAGUGGCCCCGGUGGCUCCACCAGCAGACUGAGAAGCAGCGUGUUAUCUGGGGGUACAAGAUCCUCUUCCUGGAUGUUCUGUUCCCCUUGGCUGUGGACAAGAUCAUCUUUGUGGACGCCGAUCAGAUAGUUCGGGCUGAUCUGAAGGACUUGAGGGAUUUCGACCUGGAGGGCGCUCCUUAUGGCUACACGCCGUUCUGUGACAGCCGCAGAGAGAUGGAAGGCUAUCGCUUCUGGAAAAGCGGCUACUGGGCCUCGCAUCUAGGACACAGGAAAUACCACAUCAGCGCUCUGUAUGUAGUAGAUUUAAAGAAGUUUCGAAAGAUUGCAGCUGGAGACAGAUUACGUGGCCAGUACCAAGCCCUGAGCCAAGACCCCAACAGCCUGUCCAACCUGGACCAGGACCUUCCCAACAACAUGAUCCACCAGGUUGUCAUCAAGUCUCUUCCGCAGGAGUGGAUGUGGUGUGAGACAUGGUGCGAUGACGCCUCCAAAGUCUCGGCUAAGACUAUAGACCUGUGCAAUAACCCAAAGACCAAGGAGCCCAAGCUAACGGCCGCAGCGAGGAUCGUGCCCGAGUGGGUUGAAUACGACAACGAGAUAAAACAGCUGCUGGGACAGGUCCAGGAACAGCAAGACACAGCGACACAAAAACACACUCCUUCUCCCUCACAACAUGAAAAAGUAGAGGACAGACGCGAUGAACUUUAAUGGCUGCCAGCAUCAUUGUGCAGAGGAAGGACCUUCCUGUGGAGCUCGGAGACAGACAAACCCUUCUAAACAUAGCCGUGGAGCGUUGCAUCCUCAGCCUCAGAAGGAUAUUUUCAGAGAUGCCAUAUCUGCGUCUGCAGUCGAUACGUCUUACAAAAUGAACACGUGGUGUAAGUGUUAACUGUGAACUUGUGGGGGUGCUAUCGGCACUACAAUCAGGGCUGGGUUAGUUUGUGGUUACCGGAGAAUGAAGUGAACACAGAAUAGUGGGGUGAGGUCAGUCAAAGCGCUCUUAUUAGGUGUGUGUUUAAAAAUACAUAGUUGAAAUUUAUUGCACUGAUAAUGUAUGCAAAGGCACAACUCUGAGAAUCUAAUCUCAAAGUUUAAUGUUUAUUAUGAAUAACUUUCCAAAAGCUGAUGCAUUUAGGUGUUCUUAAUUUGAAGUUGACUAAGAUGCCCAAACCAAAGACAUAAAGCUCAUCUGUUUUUAAAUUUCAUAACAGGCAGCAAAGGUGUUACAUUGUAUGAUUAUUAUUGGGUGUCAUUUUUGCUCCUCCUUCCAACACACAUAUCAGAUAUUUGAUCUCAUACAGGCUAAUGAAUCUUAUGUUGUAAUUCUCGAGUCCUUCAGCAGUCCCAGAUCUGUUAAAGGUUUGCAAAUUCUGUCACAAAAUGAUUUUAAUAGCUUUUUUUAUAUAUCUUAGGGAGGGGGGGGAAUUGCAUUUUUUUUCAAAGUCAAGUAGAGAGUUCAACUCAAUAAAUAAGUCCCCGUCCCAAUAAUGUCCCUACUGUCCCUUAGAACAGACAAGUUAGCAUUUGUUAAUCAGCCUCUGAACAGCAACCGUCCAUCUGUAGUAACUAAGGAGCACUCAGCAAAUCAUCUCUACAAAGUCAUGUGAUGGUACAUGGAAUCUUCAUUUGCACACUAAAGGUCAUGGUUUAUGGAUGUUAACUUAUUACAGUAUGUUUACAUCUUGCUUCAUUGUAUUACAUUUUUUGAUUUUUCCAAUAUUCAUAUUCCACAAUGAACCAGUGUUUUUUUGUCUCAGGAACAGGUUUUGCUGCUCAACCAAGGCCAGCUGUAGUUUUUAUUCCCGUCUUAAGUUACAAAAAAAAAGGGUGCUGACCUCAGGGCACCCAUCUCUCACUGUGCUGUGUCAAAUAAUGUUUAUAUUACUGUCUGGUAAUAAAAAAUAAAUCUUUGCCACAAAAAUCAUUACAAAAUCAGUGAAUGUUGUGAUUCAUGUUAAAGGUCUACAAUGAAGGAAUUGGUCCCUCACAAUAAACCGUUUGAAAUAAAGAAUCAGCAUUUCUCACGACCAUUCCUAAAAGUGUCUGCAUACAGCAAUACUUCCCCUCAGUUUAAUUUAAAAAGGUACAUAAAUA